AUGAAGCCUCUGAUUCGUCGUCUCUCACAAAUCGCCGAUUCAUCCUCCGAAUCUUCUCUCUGCAACCAAAUUCGCCGACGCGACGUUCAUCAACCGACGUUGGCGAAUUCACCGUCUUCGGUUUACUUGGUUAAACGAGCAACCACCGCGUCCUCUGUUCCUUCCGGUCACGUCCCUGUAAAUGUCGGCGACGAGAUGGAGCGGUUCGUGGUGAGUGCGGAAUUGAUUAACCAUCCGGUUUUCGUCGGUUUGCUUAACCGAUCUGGUAAUGAAUAUGGUUAUGCUCAGAGAGGUGUUCUUCAUAUUCCUUGUAAUGUCUUGGUGUUCGAGAGAGUUGUUGAGAUUCUCCGAUCUGGAAUCGCUGAGUUUUCCGAUUUGCCGGAGAUUGUUGCGUCGUUGUCCGGCGAUGAUUUGUCUCUGUGGUUGCCUGGAAUUACAGAGUAG